AUGAUCAAUCUUCUACCAUCAGAGCCUUUCCGAACGAGUACUAUUAUUUCAGAAUUCUCGUGUCGGUUUCCCAUACUUCAACCAAAGACUGACACCUUCAGAAAAAGUCUGUGUCUAAAUGAUGGAAGCGCUUUUGUCACUCAGAAGCAAUCACAGUUGGAGGACUGGGACGAGUACCAGUUAAGGACAUAUUUUAUUGAAGUUCAACCGAAUGAACUUCCUACCAGUUCCGCCAAGUAUUCAAUCUCACUAGCUGUGUCUACGCUCGACCAUCAGACAACAGAUAUUCCCAAUACCUUGAAUAGCUAUCAAUCGAGCCGCCCUAAGCCUGUUACCUCGGAUGUCAUACUUACCAGUAACAACGAGAGCCCUGAUGAUAUUCCCAUUUCUCUAGACUUCCCAAAAUCACCAGAAUUGCAACUAGAGGAAGAGCAACAAGAGGGCAAUUUACAAAAGAGUGACUCGGAAGAAUCACUGAAAUCCCUUCACGAGUCCAUGGACCAGCCGGACUGCAACUCGGAACCACAGGGUAUCUUCAAUCCUUCAAACUCUAGCGUCCAGUCCUUACCCACCCAGUCAUCAAACCCUCGAUUCUUACUUUCCAUGGGAGAUGCUGAUACGAUGCUUGACGCUGAAGACAAGACUCUACCGGGGGAUCAUUCACUUUCUUCGGCUAUUGCCAAGGGGAAUUUAGUCGAUUCUGAAGGAAGACAAUUCAAUCCUCCUGGACCAAGUGUAACUCAACACACCAUCGAUGAAGGCCACGAUAGAUUAGUCGCUGUUGAAUCAAACAAAAACAAGUCUCAGUUGACAGCACUGAUAUCAUCAUAUGGGGAUAUCCCCAAAACGUCUAUCACGCAUGGUCGAACAGAAAUCAACAAACUGAUAACUGGAGACAAUCUCACCGCCGUUCAAGCCAACAGCGACGAUCUGGCCCUGAUUCGAAAGCCCCUUCCCAAAUAG